AUGAACUACAGAGGAAUUACAUUAACACCAAUUGUAGUGAAGAUUUAUAAUGCAUUUCUACUCAAUCGAAUCCAACCUCAAAUUGAAAGAGUUCUUAAGAAAAAUCAAAAUGGAUUGAGGAAGACCCGCUCUACAUCUGGUCAAAUUCUCACAGUUAGGAGGAUGUUGGAAGGAGUACGAGCCAAAAACCUUAAUGCAGUUCUGCUCUUUGUUGAUUUCUCCAAGGCCUUUGACUCUGUACGCAGAGAUAAGAUGGCAGAAAUCAUUACGGAAUAUGGAAUCCCUGACGAAACAAUAAAUGCAUCUAGAAGCAGAAAAUAUCCAGCAGCCUGCUUGAGUGAUACCAGUUAUACUGAUGACAGAGUGCUCUUCACAGACAGCACAAAAGCUACUGAACAUUUACUCCAUCUCCUGGAAAAUGCUGCUGCAAAUAUAAGACUAUAUGUGAAUGAAAAGAAAACAGAGUUUAUCACCCUGAACACAUCAGGUGAAAUCAGGAACAUCAAACAGAAGCCCUUGAAAAAUGGCAGCAAUAUUAUGUCCCCUGAAAAAGAUAUUAAAUCUUGCAUUGCUAAGGCUUGGGCAGCGAAAGAUGGUCUUAGAACAAUAUGGAAAGAUGGUCUUAGAACAAUAUGGAAAGAUGGCCUUAGAACAAUAUUGGGCAGCGAAAGAUGGUCUUAG